GUAACACUCCCCCCAAAAAAAAAUAAGAAUACUUAAACGUUUUUGAUCUGUUCUUCUUUCUUCUACUCUUCUUUCGCUCCAAUUCUAAAAUGUCAAUCCACUAUAAAACAGAAGAACCCAAAGAUAUUAAAAGUGAGGAGAAGCAAGAGGCUUGUUACAAGACAGAUGAUUGCAAAUUCGAUUACUGUAGUGUUCAGCCUACCACCGAGACAGACAAUAAGCAAGAAGAUGUACAAGAGACAGCUUUGCUCAGGAAAUUAGGUUUUCUGGAUCGCUUCCUUUUGGUAUGGAUCUUACUGGCCAUGAUUAUCGGUGUAGUUAUUGGCUAUUAUGCUCCUAAUGUUCAAGAAUCUUUUCAGACAGUUCAAUUUGGAUCCGUCUCUGUACCUAUUGCGAUUGGCUUGCUGGUAAUGAUGUACCCUGUUUUAUGUAAAAUACAGUACGAAAGAAUGCACAUUAUUUUAAACGACAGGAGAGUUUGGAUUCAAAUCCUGAUUUCCAUCAUCAUUAAUUGGAUUAUUGGUCCUAUUGUUAUGACUGCUCUAGCAUGGGCUACACUUUUUGAUUUGCCUGGGUUCCGUACUGGUGUAGUUAUGGUUGGCCUUGCAAGAUGCAUUGCUAUGGUUCUUAUUUGGAAUACGCUUUCUGGCGGAGACCCAGAUUACUGUGCUAUUCUGGUGGCUAUUAACUCUAUACUCCAAAUUGCUCUCUUUUCUCCUUACGCCGUCCUAUUUAUUAAUAUUGUGCCAUCCUGGUUUGGUGCUCCUUUGGAUAAUACGAUCCAUGUAGAAAUUUGGCCUGUCGCUCAAUCCGUAUUGAUCUAUCUUGGUAUUCCGCUUGUGGCUGGAUGCAUCACACGUUUUACACUUCGCUGGGCAAAAGGUGACACAUGGUACAACACUGUCUUUUUGCCACAUUUCGGUCCCCUGGCCCUGGUAGGACUUAUUUACACCAUUAUUGUUAUGUUUGCCAAUCAAGGCCAUCAUAUCAUUGACAACAUUGGAUCUGUCUUCCGAGUUGCUGUACCACUCUUCUGCUAUUUUAUUAUCAUGUUCUUUGUGACAUUUUUCAUUUUAAAGAGUGUAUUCCAUUUCCCUUAUGAGAUGGUGGUGACUCAAUCUUUUACAGCCGGCAGUAAUAACUUUGAAUUGGCUAUUGCAGUCGCAGUGGGUACGUAUGGUAUUAACUCGGAGCAAGCCUUAGCCGCCACUAUUGGCCCAUUAAUUGAGGUGCCUGUGUUGGUCAUUUUGGUUUAUAUCACACUUUAUCUUAAAAAGAAAUUAAGUUGGAAAAAGAAUAUAGUUGAUCUUGAAGCGUCCAAGUAGAAAAAAAUAAAAUUACAUCAUUGGUUACAUAUGCCCAGUUGUACACAUAACAAAAUGACGUGAUGAAAUGAUAUGCCGGAUUGCCUUUUGUGUGUAACAAAUGUUUGUCUUUUACACGAAAAUGCCUUUUUUUGAAAAAAAAAAAUAAAAUAAAAUAAAAUAAAAAAAAUAAAAUAAAAAA